GCUACGUGUUUACGUUCCUGUUAGCUUUAUCAUCCUGUUAGCUUUGAAGGAGGAAGUCUCUUUUCUCCGGAUUUAAACCAAAUAAAAACAUUAAUUAAACCUCUUUUUCUGAUAGAAACAGAGCAUGGAAGCGAGUAGGAAACCUCAGACAGAAGAUGCUCCUGGAUCAGAGGAGAAGUCCCCACAGGCAGUGGUGACGACGCCGGCUCGUCUGCCGGAGCUCCGUCUGGUGGUCCUCGGGUGGAGGUGGCCGGGGAAAAGCCUGACAGGAAACACCAUCCUGGGGAAGGAGGAGUUUCACCUGGAGCGAGCCGCCGAGUUCUGCGUGAAGAGAGAGACGGAGGUGUUGGAGCGGCAGGUGACGGUGGUGGAUACUCCCGGAUGGUUCUCUGCUCAGGACACGCCUCCUUCCUACAAGCAGGAGCUGGUGAGAGGAGCGUCUCUCUGCCCCCCCGGCCCUCACGCCUUCCUGCUCGCCAUCCCCGUCGGCAUGUUCACCGAAGUGGACCGCCAGCGCAUCGAGGAGCACGUGAGCCUGUUCGGAGAGCGCGUGUGGAGGCACACCGUGGUGGUGUUCACCUGGGCCGAGGUCCUGAGGAGCAUCUCCAUCGAGAGGUACAUCCGCAGGGAGGGCAAGGACCUGCAGUGGGUCCUGGAGAAGUGCCACCGGAGGUACUUUGUGAUCAAUAACUGUGAGUUCGGAGAGCACCCUCAGGUGGGGAGGCUGCUGGAGAGGGUGGAGAAGAUGGUGGCGGAGGAGGGGGGGUUCUACCAUGUGGAGGAGGAGGAGGUGAAGGAGGAGGUGAAGGAGGAGGAGAACCAGAACCAGAACCAGAACAGAGAGGGAAGAGAGCUGGGAGCGAGACCCAAGCAGAGCUCAUCGCUGAGUCUGUCCAAAACCCUGGAGGUGGAGCCGCUGGCCAAUUAACGUCUCCCUCCGAUGGCGGACCAAUCGGAUCGCUCUGACGCUCUGAAGCUGCUUCUGAUUGGAGGGAAAAGAGUGGAGACGGUUUUAAUUAUCUUUCAAACAUUUGACUGUUUAUCCGUUUGUUGUUCUUCGCCGUGACGACGAGGCCUUUUGUUUCAUGCUCUCCUAAAGAGGGUGCUAUUCAGACUGCAUCCUUCAACGUGCAUCCUUCAGACUGCAUCCUUCAACGUGCAUCCUUCAGACUGCAUCCUUCAAGGUGCAUCCUUCAGACUGCAUCCCUCAGACUGCAUCCUUCAACGUGCAUCCUUCAGACUGCAUCCUUCAACGUGCAUCCUUCAGACUGCAUCCUUCAACGUGCAUCCUUCAGACUGCAUCCUUCAACGUGCAUCCUUCAGACUGCAUCCUUCAACGUGCAUCCUUCAGACGUGCAUCCUUCAGACUGCAUCCUUCAACGUGCAUCCUUCAGACUGCAUCCUUCAACGUGCAUCCUUCAGACUGCAUCCUUCAAGGUGCAUCCUUCAACGUGCAUCCUUCAGACUGCAUCCUUCAGACUGCAUCCUUCAGACUGCAUCCUUCAACGUGCAUCCUUCAACGUGCAUCCUUCAGACUGCAUCCUUCAACGUGCAUCCUUCAACGUGCAUCCUUCAGACUGCAUCCUUCAACGUGCAUCCUUCAGACUGCAUCCUUCAACGUGCAUCCUUCAGACUGCAUCCUUCAACGUGCAUCCUUCAGACUGCAUCCUUCAACGUGCAUCCUUCAGACUGCAUCCUUCAGACUGCAUCCUUCAACGUGCAUCCUUCAGACUGCAUCCUUCAGACUGCAUCCUUCAGACUGCAUCCUUCAACGUGCAUCCUUCAACGUGCAUCCUUCAACGUGCAUCCUUCAACGUGCAUCCUUCAACGUGCACUACUCGACUGUUACUAAAGUCAAUAAUGUGAUAUGUUCUGUAACUGAUUCCUGUUUGUUGUGACCAAACCUUAAAUGCUUUUCUCGUGCCUCUGAAGCCGCUUAUUGAUUAUUAUUAUGACUUAAAUGCAUCUGUAGCCUGUUCGUAGCUGUGAGGGAGCAGAGGGAGGGGUUUGAUUAGACUUUUAAUGUUAAAAGGGACAAAUGACUUAUUGAAGCUUCUACAUUUAUCUAUUGUUGCAGGAUUUUGUGUUAAAAACUAAAUAUGUUUGAGUUUUUGUUCCUAAUUUGACAAGAUGAGAAAUGUCCAGAGGUCCAUGGUGGCUUUAAUACAGAUGAAUGAUUAUGUUUUGCAUUUCAAUUACAUUUGAUCGACCAAAUGAUCCAUGAAUUAAUCUGAAAACUGAUUUGAAGUUGGAAGCAGCCUCAUCCUAACUACUUUUAUUUGACAGAAACUCUUUGGGGAUAAAAGGGUAAUACAAUGGCGGGUGAUGUAAGAGGCUAUGCAGACACUGAGCUGCUGUGGACACACUCCUCACUCUCAUCACCUCAUGUUGGCGCUCUACACACACACUCGUUCAUGAACAUCUGGUGAUUCGUUUGAGCGGCCCAAAAACCAAUUGAACUGUUGAUUGAACUCUGUAUGUGUUCUAGUGUAGCUUUAGUUAACGUGGUGUCAUCAGGUCCUGGUUUGAAAUGUCUCUCACCAUUAAAUCCAACCCUUUGUCGCUGACGUAUCUUUGAAAUGCGAUAAGCUCCUGAAACCCAGGAUCUACAGAGGCAUUAUUCUUGCUUUUAAUGCAUGUAAAGGGCUCUGGGUUUCAGACAGAGGGUGAAAACAGUCAGUAUGAGGAAAAUAAAAGAGCUUUUUGAACAUUAAAGCAUGAACUCUUUAAAACUGACUGAACGUUAUCGUAGGAAUGCUGUGAAAACUGUGACACACACACACACGAGUCAGAGGGCUGCUCCUCACUGAUGUCUCUGCAUUGUUUGAAAGGGGUCAGAGCAGCUGAUGUGUUCCAGUAGAUCUGCUCGUUAGAAAUGCACUGUGUUGUGAAACGUUCUUCUUUUCGGUCCAAAUAAAUGUGUUUUUUGACCAAA